AUGUUGGUUUUAAGUCCUAAUUUCCAGAUAUGUGAGUACCUUGAUAGGUUUGUUGUGGGACAAAGCCAAGCGAAAAAAACUCUGGCUGUUGGAGUGUAUCAGCAUUAUCGACGUCUUAAUCAUAAUCUUGAAAACAAAAUUGGAUCAUCAGCAGCGUCAGAGCUGACAAGAAAUAGUUCCCCGAAUCCUAGACUAACAGAUGAUUUCCGUGUAACACGCAGCGAAUAUCGUAUUACCGUUAGUGGGGCAUAUCCGGAGACACUUCCCUCGCCUUCCUCCACAGCUCCGAAAUUUCACUCGUUCCCAGAGACCAAUGGGCCAAUCCGUCUUGAAAAAUCUAACAUUCUUUUGAUUGGACCCUCUGGUGUUGGUAAGACUUUCCUUACUCAGACGCUCGCAAGAGUUCUCGACGUCCCAAUGGCAUUAUGCGACUGCACUUCAAUGACUCAAGCAGGAUAUGUUGGUGAAGAUGUUGAAAGUGUUAUACAAAAACUUCUUCAAAAUGCAGGUGGUAAUGUCGACCGUGCGCAGCAGGGCAUUGUCUUUCUGGACGAAAUUGAUAAAAUUGCAGCUGCUAGAAAUGCGCCGUCGCAUAUGUUUAGAGAUGUUAGCGGAGAAGGAGUUCAGCAUGCACUUCUAAAACUUGUGGAAGGUACUGUUGUGAAUGUGAAAAGUGGAAGGAAGUCUGUUGCUGGCCAGCAAGACUUGUUACAAGUAGAUACGUCAGAUAUACUAUUUGUUGCAUCUGGUGCAUUCACUGCUCUUGAACGGAUUGUGGGAAAACGACUUGAUGAAAAAAUUUUAGGAUUUGGAGCAAGGUCGGAUGGUCAGCGGAUAACUAGGGAUGAUAAAGCGGAAAGUGUUAUUUCAAAAAAAAGAGAUGACCUUCUGAAACAAGCUGAUCAAGGAGACUUAAUUUCUUUCGGUAUUGUUCCGGAGUUGGUUGGACGGUUCCCUGUUAUUGUUCCCUUCCAUAGUUUUGACAAGACAAUGCUUAAAAAAGUUUUGACGGAGCCAGCAAACUCACUUCUGGCUCAAGUAAAACUUCAGUUUGCUAUGGAUGGCGUUGAUUUGUCGUUCUCACCCGAAGCUUUAGAUGAGAUUGCUCAAAUGGCUUUAGAACGUAAAACGGGUGCGAGGGCUUUGCGUUCGAUUAUCGAGAAGGUUUUGUUGGAAGCAAAGUUUCUGGUUCCUGGCAGCGACAUCGAAAGUGUCCAUGUUACGCGAGAAUGUGUCCGAGAUGGCAGAGACUAUAUAUUUACCAGGAAAAGACAUCCAGUUUCAGUAGCGCAGUGA